AUGGUAAAUCAAAAUGUUCGAAUUGGAAGUUCGAAUAAUUCUAUGACAGGAUUAAAUUUUUUCAUUGCAGAUUUAAGAAAUUCUCAAGAAUCCAAAAGUGAACAAGAUAAACGAAUCAAUUCAGAAUUAAUUAAAAUUAAAACUUUUUUUGAUUCUACAAAUACUUCAUUAUCUGUUAAAAGUAAUAAUAACCAAGGGUAUAAUUUAAAGAAAAACAUUUCGAAGUUAAUUUAUAUAUAUAUCACAUCAAAUACAAGUAAAUUAGAUGAUAUUAAAUUUGGAUUAAAACAAUUUUUACAAUUAAGUAAAUCCAAUAAAUAUUCAGAGAAAUUUAUUGGAUAUUUAAUCAUCUCAUUAUUAUAUCAAUAUGAAACGAUUCGAGAAAAAUUAAUGGAAUUAAUGAAAUUUACAAUUAUUAAUGAUUUAAAUUCGAGUAAUGAACAUUUCAAUUCAUUAGCGUUAACAUUUAUUGGUAUUGCUAGUAAUUUUGAUCCUCAACUAUUAAAUGAUGAUACGAUUAUUGAGUGUGUAUUUAGAUUCAUUGCUAAUCCAAGAACAGUCAAUUGUUUAAAGCAAAAGACAUGCUUGGCAAUAAAUUGUAUGUGUUUAAACAUCAAGAAAUUUAAUUUAGCCAGUGGAGAAUUGCAUAACAUAUUAAAUGAAACAAACAUUCAGCAUUUUUUCAAUCUACUAAAUGAUGAGGGGAAUCCUUCCAUUAUAUUAACAGCAUUACCAGUACUUGAAUAUUAUAGUAAAAAUAUUGAUCCAAUCAAAUGUCUUCGAAUAAUCCCACAUUUAACCAAGAUAUUAUUAGAUUGUUUAACUAUACGUAAACAAAGGUCGAGUUCAACUGCAAAUCCGAGCGAAUUUAUAUUGCCCAACCCAUGGCUGAUUACUAAUAUCAUCAAUGUUUUAAACGUAUUAAUAAUAUCUAAUAAUGAAAGUAUUAAAGUGACCAAUUUGGAUCAUUUAAAUCAAUUGAAUAAUUUAAAUGAUGAAACAUUGGGUAAAUUACGUAUAUGUGUCACAAAGGCUAUUGAUUUAAAUACUCGAGAUUUCAAAACUCCCUUUGGUAAAUUAAUUCAAAAUAUAAUCCUUUUCAAAUUAAUCAAAUUUGCAGGGAAAUUAAAUCCAUCAGAUGAAUCGAUUGAAAAUUCCAUUACUGCUCUAUGUUCGUUAUUGGUAAAUGAUGGUGGUAAUACCAAUGGUAAUGGUACAAAUAUGAAAUAUUUGACGUUGGAUUGUUUAAUUGAAUUGACGAAUACAAGUGGUAAGAUUGAUUGUUUAAGGCAAAAAAAUUUAUAUGUCUUAUUUAACGUGUUGAAAAUGGAACGAGAUAUUUCUAUAAUCAAGAAAAUUGUGGAAUUAAUUUAUAUAUGUACAGAUGCAAGUAAUAUGAAAUUGAUUGUAAAUCAAUUAUUGAAAUAUAUUUUGAAUGCCAAUUGUGUAGCAGAUCAAAAUUUGAAAUCAGAUAUUUCAAUCAAAAUUAGUAAAAUGAUGGAAAAAUAUAAUCAAGAUGAAGAUUUAUAUAUGAAUGUAUCGUUGAAAUUACUUAGCGGGAGUGUCAGUGGUGGUGGUAUGAUGAAUAAGAAUAAUGAUUUGAUUAUUCAAAGGUUGAUCCAAAUCAUUGUAAAUAAUGAACAUUUACAAAAAAAAUUUAGUUUAAUCUUGUUGGAAUAUUUAAACAAGAUGAAUUCUAAUGAAAAUAUAAUCCAAUUGAGUUGUUUUAUCAUUGGAGAGUUUGCAGAUUUGAUUGAGCAGAAGAUUAGUAUUGGAGAUUUGUUUAAUCUGUUCACUACGAAAUAUUUCAGUGUGAGUAAUGUUACCAAGGCAGUAAUAUUGACCAGUAUAAUCAAAUUGUAUAAAUUUGAUCAUUCGAUAGGGUCUGUGGUGAUUAAAUUUUAUCAAUUGGAAUUGAAUUCUUUGGAUAUUGAAUUACAAACAAGAUCAUAUGAAUAUUUGAAAAUGAUACAAAUAUGUAAAUUGAGUGGGAAUUAUGAGUUGAUUGAAACAUUGUUUAGUCGAAUGCCCAUUUACAAGGGAACGAAAGUGGAGCCACCCAAGGAAUUAAUUUCAAACGAAAUUGAGAUGUCAAAAUAUUACACGGAUCAAAAAUUAUCUAAUACAUGGGAAGAUAGUUUUAAGAGGAUGUUAAUUCACAAACAAGGUGUGAUGUAUCAAAACACACGUAUCAAGAUCAUCUAUCGAAUGAAUGUAGAGGAAUAUACUAUUGGAGUUUCCAUUUCGAUAAUCAAUCAAACGGAAGGGGUACUCAAUGGGUUGAGUAGUGAAAUCAUACCGUUCAAGAUCCGGGAUAAUCCGGAAUAUGUGAUUGGUAAUAAUAGUGGGGUAUCACGAUUAAGUUUACAAAAAAAUGAAAGAUCGAAUCAAACAUUUGAUAUAAUUAUUAGGAAACCGUUUGAUAUAGAGGAGAGUCCUAUCUUACGAGUAUGUUGUAAUGGUAUGGAAGAUAUUGUAUUGAAAUUGGGUAUUGGUAUUGUUCAUACAAUCUUACCGGUAAGGGAAGAAGAUGUUGUUGGAUUUGCGGAUUUUAUUCGGAGAUGGCAAAUGCUGCCGCCAGAAGGGUAUUACAAUGCAAGUGAAACACAAUAUAGUGGGAAAUUGAAUCAAUUGCUGGGGGCACAAGGGCAAGAAGAAUUGGUUGGAUAUUUGCAAAGUGUAUUGCAAGGUAAGUUUGGGUUCCAAAUGAUUACAAACAAUAGUGUGAGUAACACGGUUUUUGGUAUUGGGGUGGUCCAUAGCAAGACGGAUGGUAAUUUCUCGUGUCUAAUUAAAUUGAUGUUUGAUAUGGAAACCGGUAAUGUGAAUUUAAGUUGCAAGAGUGAGCAUAGAGGAACAUUAAGCAAGAGCAUUGUAGAUAGUGUUUUGACAGUUAUAUAG